UGCUACAUCGUUAAACUAAUGCCAUACGACGCGCAGACAUAACAUUCAAAUAAGGCAAAUCAAAAGUAGUGUUGAUAUUAAUACUGCCUGCCGCUAUAUAUUGAAAUCUAAAUAACAUUAAGCUCCAACAAUCUUCUAUUGAGCAAUAUUUUGAUAGACCAUGAUGUUAAACAAUCUUUGUAAAGUUGGCACUGCCGUAUCUCGCAAUUUAUUAGCUAACUCCACUGUACGCAAAAUGUCUGGAAAAAUUCUAUCCGUGAAUUCGGCAAAUAUGGACGAAUAUAAAACGUUAAAUAUUGCUGUUCCAAAACCCUUCGUCUUCAGUGUCGAACUGAGCAGGCCUAAACGCUACAAUGCUAUUAACAAGGAAAUGUGGAUAGAAAUUAAGAAUUGCUUUGAAGGGUUAAGUGCAAAUCCCGAUUGUCGCGUUAUAGUUUUAUCUGGAUCUGGUAAACAUUUUACAGCAGGAAUUGACCUAACAGAUAUGUUGCAAUUGGGACAAGAAUUGGCCGAAGUGGAAGAUGUAGCACGUAGAGGUGCUUAUUUAGAACCGUUGAUAAAGUUAUACCAAGACUCUAUGAGUUCAUUGGAAAAAUGUCCUAAGCCAGUAAUAGUUGUUACACACUCCGCUUGUAUUGGAGCUGGUAUUGAUUUAAUUACAGCUGCGGAUAUACGGUACUGUACACAAGACGCAUUUUUCUCAGUAAAAGAAGUUGAAAUCGGAAUGGCUGCUGAUGUGGGAACACUGCAACGCCUUCCUAAAGCCAUUGGCAGCCAAUCACUAGCUCGUGAACUAUGUUUUACUGGUAGAAAGUUCGAAAGUUCAGAAGCCUUAAGUUCGGGAUUAGUGAGUAAAGUUUUCCCUGACAAAGAGGAAAUGUUGAAAUCUGCGUUAGAAUUGGCAGAAAAUAUAGCACAGAAGAGUCCGAUAGCUGUGCAGGCGACAAAACAGAACCUUGUAUAUUCUCUAAGUCGUCCAAAUCAAGAAGGAUUGGAUCAGAUUCGCGAAAUGAACAAAUUAUACUUACAAUCCGAAGAUUUUGCUCAGGCUGCCGCAGCUCAAUUGACGAAAGGUGACAAACCAGUAUUUGCCAAAUUGUAAUUGUAAAACUAUAGUUAUAUUUUUAUAAAUAAAGAAAAAAUUAAUGCAUCA